UGUCUUUUUUACACUCGUGGGAUGUCCAUAUACCUACAUACGUGAUAGUUUUCUCUUUCGCACACUUAAGCUGUCUUUAAGCAUUAGCGGUUUGUGUGUCGGAUUAAAAAUUAAAAAAUGCGCUUACAACAAGUACCUAACUCAAAUUUCAAAUUUUCGAGCUCAUUUUCUCAGUUUCAACUAAUCGUCGCUUGAUCGCUUAUUUAUUCCAAAACGGUGUCCAUUAUCAAGAAGUCACUAAUCACUGCUCAAUUAACUACUCAAUUUUAUAAUAUCAUAUCUCAUGAAUCAGCAAGGCUGCCGGCGUAUUAUGGUUCCAAUUUUAUCACUUAUCUAUGUGGAUAAAGUAUCCGUCACGCUUUAACAAGUAUGUCAGUGUGAGAGUGACAGAUCACUUAUCCACGUCUAUAAGUGAUAAAAUUGGAAGCAUAAUACGCCGGCUGAUUGAUAACAUACUAUCGCAAAACUUUUAACUCAUUUCACUACCGGCAAAAGGUUUAUUUUCCAUCGCAACACAUGAGUUUUCGACGAGUGUAUUUUUGUACACAACAUUGACGAUUCAUUUUGUUUUAGUUUGUGAUUCUACAUCACGAGGACAGAACGUUUGGUUACACGUUUUAAAUGUAUUUUUGAAUAUAAACCAUAAAUCAUUAAGAAUUUUGAUCGUAUGUUGAUUCGUUAAAAUUAGAAUACGGAACUCGUCGUGAUUAUUCGUUGUGAAUUUUAAUCAUAUUUGAUAAAUACUGUGUGACGUCAGUGAAAACAGGUUGAGAAGUUCUUAGAUGGCGCCACUCCCGUGAACCAUGUUGAGCACGAAGUGGCUAGUGCUGUGGUCGCUAUGGGCGGCGCGGCUGGCGCGGCAGCCGACGGCGCCGGUGCGCGUGAGCAGCGGGCUGCUGCGCGGGAGCAUCGCGCUUGACGGCUCGCAUGCGGCGUACUUGAGUAUACCGUAUGCUACUGUCCAGAAUAGGUUUCAGGCCCCUGGACCGGAGCCAAAAUGGGACGGCAUCUUCGAAGCCUACGACGAAAACGUGAAAUGCACCCAACGCCUCACCAGCUCCAUCAUCAUGGGCCAGGAAGACUGUCUCGUCCUGAACGUCUACACUCCUACCUCAUCCCCCCGGUCUCCACUUCCCAUUCUCGUGUUCAUCCACGGAGGAGGCUUUAGAGACGGAUCCGGCUCCCCUUUCCUCUACGGCCCUCAAUAUUUAGUCAAGCAUGGAGUUAUACUUGUCACAUUCAACUACAGAUUAGAAAUUCUAGGAUUCUUAUCUUUGGGUACUAAGGAAGCACCAGGAAAUGCUGGCAUGAAAGACCAAGUAGCAGCGUUAAGAUGGAUUAAGAGGAAUAUAAGAGCGUUUGGCGGUGAUCCUGAUAAUGUUACUAUUUUUGGAGAAAGCGCAGGAUCAGCUUCCGUUUCAUACCAUCUGAUAUCACCUAUGUCAAAAGGAUUAUUCCAUAAAGCUAUCAUGCAAAGUGGAACAGCAAUGUCGCCUUGGAGUUUUCAGUUCCAGCCGUUACAAGUAGCUAAAUCUUACAUUCAACAGUUUGGUUACACCACAGGCAACACAAGUGAAAUAUACAAAAUAUUGAUGACGAAAUCAGGUCAACAGUUGAUGAAAACUCGAGUGCCAAGGGAAGAGGGAGACAUAGUCCUAUCAGAAAAUAUAUUUGUACCUUGUGUCGAGAAAAAGAUACCAGGUAUUGAGCAAUUCUUGCCAGAGAAACCCUUUAAGCUUAUAUCUGAAGGGAAUUAUCAUAAAGUGCCAAUCGUAAUAGGAUAUAAUAAUGCAGAAGGGUAUAUGUUUACUGCUAAAGAGAACGCAACAACAAUAGCUAAAUUAGAUUUUUACAAAGCCUUGCCAAGAGAUCUUGAUAUACAAAACGAAGAAGACAAAAGAGCAAUAGCUAAUAAAUUAAAGGAAAUAUACAUGGGUGAUAAAACCAUAUCAAAGGAGAAUAUUGUGGAGUUCUCUCACUAUGAAGGUGAUUCUGGAAUAACAUAUCCAGUCUUAGCCACUAUAGACCUGCUCCUCAAAACAAGUACGGAGCCAAUAUUCACAUAUAGAUUAGACUACGAUGGUUGGCUGAACGUGGCCAAGUUUUUCUGCGGCUGGGGAAGGUCUCCUGGAGCUACUCACGCUGAUGAACUGUUUUAUAUGUUUAAGCCACUUUUUCCUACUGCUUAUUUGGUGGAACAAGACAUAGUGGAUGCCGUUAGUAGAAUGUGGACCAAUUUUGCAAAAUUUGGAAACCCGACUCCGGCGCCAUCUUCCCGUCUCCCAAAAUGGCCGCCAACCACCCGGGCAGACCCGCUUCUUCUAGUCAUAGACAAGCAGUUCCACUACCGCCCUCUGUGGGAGGAAAAGGCGAUGGCGUUCUGGAACCAAACGUAUCAUAAGUUUCGAAGAAAAUAAGAAUAAGAAUUGUUGGUUUCAAUAAUUAUUUUGAUAGCCUUACCCAAUCCCUUUGUCGACAAUAGUCAGGCCCCGUAGCCGAAUGGCAUUUCUCCGACGCGAAACGCCACCGAAACUCCGCAAAAAUGUAGCCUGGCUCCGUCGCGCCAAUACGGAAGAGCGAUAGAGAUAGAUAGCUACGAAAGAGAUAUUAUCGUGAACGUUUCGUGAGCGUUUGUGCAUUCGGCUACGCACACAGAUGUUCUUUUAAAAUCGGAGAACCUGUUUGACUCGACGACGAAGCGGCAAGUAGUGACAUUAAAUAAUGAGGAGGCACAUUCAAAGGUUAUGACAGAUGGCGCCACCUUAAUAGUCCAUUGCACAAAUAAAGAAUUUCAUACGUGAGAGCGAGAAGAUGUUUUUUUUUUUGCUUUCACAUAUUAAUGACAGUGACAGGCCUAGGCACUUGCACAGGCUUGUUGCAAUUUCCUUCACCGAAAAGCGACUGGCAAACAUGAAAAAAGUAACAUCCGUAUAUAGAUACGAAACGAUACAAUAAAAUUGUUGGCGAAGCUGAAAUGGACACUUUCCUUUUCGCUCAAUACAUCGAAAGAUGAAAUCUC